AUUUUGUUACAACCAAUGAGCAUUGAGCUGCUGACCUAUGUGACCCGAAAAUAUUUACUAAUACGCCACUUAUUAUGCUAGUCAGUCAUACAUGCGAUAUAUGUUCGAAGACUAAUAAAGCUUGAAAUACUUUUCUGCACUAUCUCAUUUUAAAAUGGACUCAACUCCUCGGUCCAAGCGCUCUACGACCUCGCAAAGCAUGUACCGUUCGAGUACAGUUGAACAUCACGGAGCUGAAACAGUUAGUCAAGUAAAGUAUCAAAGAAAUUCAAUAAAAACCCGCAAGAUAAGCUCCCAGUUUAGGGACGACCAAGACCAUACACCUUCUUUUAAACACUCUAUCAAUACCGAGAUUAGAAAGUCGACAAGUUCGACGAAGUCUUCCGAAAAGUUUAACGGGAGCAAAAAUAGUCUAGUUUCGAAUUGGUUUGAGGUGGAACCAAAAACCGAUUAUACCUAUUCGCACACAACGUCUUAUCAGGCUAGUGGUUUGAAAAGGUCCCCCCCACCAAACUUAUCAAGAAGAGGUUUAAAACAAGGAUCAAGCAGGAGUCUUAAUCUCUCUACAACCCUUGAUAGAACGUCUCCGAAUCAUACAAGAGCAGGAACUGUAUAUAAUAAUAAGACCAAUAAUUCUCAAUAUGACAUCAGUUUAGAUGAAAAUUUUAAAGAUUUUGGGUCGGAGAAGGACUUUGAUUCUACAGCCUCGAAUAAUUCAAGUUAUAUUGACACUGCCUCAAUCGCGGAACUCAGGUCGCGCGUUUCCCAAGUCACAAUCGUUUACGCUGUUAGCUCCUUUUUUACAAUCUGGUCAACUUGUGUGUCAUAUUUUUCAGUAAUUGCCCGCAUUUCAAAACGAAUAGCAAGUAGUGAAUUCCUUAAAUCUCAUUGGGCCAGAUAUUGGUCAACCAAGUCGGUUAAAAGCACUCAAAAAGAACAUAUGAGAUCUAGCACCAAUGAAAGAACAUUUCAUAAUGUUACUACAUGGAGAUCUGUUUUAAACAUAGUUAAAACAAUCGUAACACCUUCCUUUAUAGUACAUGAACGACAGAAGCAACGAAGUGGCGCGGGAUUGACACUAACGCUUUGCUAUUUUCUCGGUUUCUUCCUGUUUAGUGUACUCGCUUUAGCAUUGUUCAUGUGUUUGCCUCAACUACUUCGCUCGGUAUCAGAUACUGGCUUCGCAGGUUUUGAAGCACCGCAAAUUGACAAAGAGAUACACUUGAAAGACAAAAAUGUUCAAACCUUAAGUGAUCAGGGGAAAAAAGACGAACUUGCCAACCUUGAGAAAAUAAAUUUAUAUCUUACAACUAUACAGAGAGACUUGAACUCAUUAAGGAGCCUAGAGAUCAGGCUAGAGACGAUCGAAGAAAGCCUGAAAGCAAAAAGUUCAGUUGAAAAAGACGAGUCUUUGAUGAUAGAAGAAAUAGCCAAGCUGAAGAAAAACCUUAAAAUCAAUAAUGACAAAAUGAGUGAAAUGCAUGACAAAUACGAUAAAGAUAUAAUAAUCCUCAAGGAAAAAAUUUACUCAAAGUCUGGUGAAAGUGCAUAUGAAAAAGAGUUCCCAUAUUUGAAACAAGCUGUUGAAAAUUUGAGACGAGACUUUACAUCGCAUUCUAACGAAAUUAGUGGAAGUUUUAAUGAAGUAAACAGCAAAAUGGAAACAUAUGUCACUAAUCAGGAACUAAAAAUAGCACUGACAAAUAUACAAAAUGAUAUCCUCAAUUUUAAUAAGUCGUUAGACACGCUGAACAUGUUUGGAGAGCGAUUUCAGGAUAUCUCUGAGAAGAUACACGUCCUAGAGUCGGCUGUCAAUGAUUGCAAAAAUUCUAAAAGAGAAACAGAUAAAUCCCUGAUUGAAUUAAGAAAAGCAAUCAAUUCUUUGAAAAUUGACGCUUUACAAAAGAAUUGCUGUGAUGAGGAAAAGAUAUUGAGUUUAAUUAGGAGAGAAUUAAAAUCUGGUGGGCAUGAACUUUAUAGGGAUUCGUCAGAAAAUCUUAAAUUGAAUGAUGCAACAAAGUUAAACUCGAAAAACUGUAUGACAAGAGGUGAAGUUAACGUACUAGUAAAGAGAGCAUUUGAAAUUCACUUGGCAGAUAAGACUGGAUUGCCAGAUUAUGCUUUAGAAUCUGCUGGGGGAUCUAUUGUUGACACACGAUGCUCUGUUACUUAUACAGAAAAAAAGUCGCUAUACAGAUUAUUCGGUAUGCCUAUCUGGUAUGUUAUAACAAGCCCAAGAGCUAUAAUACAGCCUGAAAUGCAACCAGGAAAUUGCUGGGCUAUGAAAGGAUCGAAGGGCAGUGUAGUAAUUUCCCUAGCGACGAAGAUAUCUCCUACUUCUUUUUCGUUAGAACAUAUUUCUCGAAAAUUAUCUAUGGACGGAACAAUUGCGUCAGCUCCCAAAGAUUUUAGUGUAAUAGCUCUGGAAAAACCAAACGAUAAAUUUGGAGAGAAUCUGGGUAAUUUCACUUACUCAGACAAUGGCGAAACUUUACAAAAUUUCGCUGCCAAAGUUUUUGUCAACAACACAAAAUACGUCCUGUUGAAGAUCUUAUCAAACCAUGGACAACCAUCUUAUACCUGUAUAUAUAGAUUUAGAGUGCAUGGACACCAAAACAAGCCUUAA